GAUGUUGCACGCCAACGUUACAAGGAGCGCCUUAUGAGCGCUCUACAGCAUCUCUCAUUACAGCUGAAUACAACGAUCUGCGAUGAGCUCAUAGACGAUAACGUAUCCUACAAGAGAAGAGUGGAGGCAGUCGAAAAGGCCCAAAAAUGGCGAUAUAUAUUUGACAAAAGUAAAUUGAUAUAUAAAUAUUUUAGAUGCGAAACGUUGAAGACGGUUUUUGGUUUUAAUGAAAGACCACUUUCCGAUGAAGAGGCUGAAUACCCAUUAGCUUAUGGAAUUGUUGCCUACAAGCAUAUAGAUCAGAUAUAUUAUAUGUUAAGUGCAUUUUACCAUCCACAAAACCUGUACUGUAUCGCUUUAGACAGUAAAGCUUCAUUUGUCUACAAAAAACAGGUCGAUCUAUUACAGCUAUGUUUUCCGAACAUACGACACAUUGAUAUGAAAAUCGAAUGGUGCGAAUACGGAAUACUUCGAGGAGUAAUGUCAUGUGUAGAAUAUUUAGUACAGUCUUCCAAUAAGUGGAAAUAUUACCAAUACUUGUCUGGUUUUGAUCUUCCGAUUAAAACAAAUCACGAAAUGGUUCGUAUAUUUAAGCAACUUAAUAAUACAAUAAAUAUGGAAAUUUUGCGUUUUCCUAUCGAUUUCUGCGAAUACACCCGAAACUGGUCAAUGUAUAAUCGAAAAUUUCUUUUCCUGUUGUUACAGAGACCCGUACCGUACGGCAUGAAUAUGUUCAAAAGCAGCGUGUCUGCAUUGAUCCCGCAUAGAGUGGCGAAAGAGAUGGUUGAAAAUGAGAAAGCUGUUGCACUUUACAAGUAUUUAAACGGGACCAUCUGCCCUGACGAAUCAUUCUGGUUGACAGCAGCAGGAAACAAAAAAAUUUUCCCAAUGCCCGGUUCGAUCAAUGCAACCAAAUGGCUCGAUUUUUUGGAGUAUAGACGAAGUAUCGAAGUUGCCAGAAACCUUCCAAUACCAUACUACAUUUCCAGGUUUCAAGUCUGGGAAAAUUCUGGCUUUUCAAAAUUGUGUAAAAUUGUUUCCGGAUCUUGCGUAUUCGGUGUAAAAGACAUACCAAUAUUAGUAAAACGACCCGAAUUAGUUGUCCACAAACUCUACUUAAACUACCAACCGGCAGCAUAUUUUUGUUUCUACAAAUAUGUUAGAGAACGAGCGCUUGGCAACAUAACCGACUUCAAUCCCAAACCCUAUGCUGAAAUACCAUUUGUCGCUGUUUCUAAGGGUGCUCGAGUGGAAGACGUUCUGUUCCCACUAGAAAAUCAGGAUCAUUACUGGUGA